AUGGCGGCCUAUCCAGAGAGGUGCGUGGAUGCCACCGUGCUGGACUUCGUCGCAGACCUGUCCCUGGCCUCCCCGGGGCACCCACUCCUCUGCGACUUCGCACCUGGGGUUCCCUUUGGGGACCGAGACCUUGUGCUCCGAGAGGGAAGACGCAGGAGGCUGGCACCCUUUGAGGAGGAGGAUCCCGAAGAGGAGGGCGAAGUAGACGAGGGGGAGGAGGAGGAGGAAGAGGAGCAUGGGAGAGGCGCGUCCCCGCUGGGCCGUCCCAAGAGGAAAAGGGUGAUCACCUAUGCCCAGCGCCAGGCAGCCAACAUCCGCGAGAGGAAGCGGAUGUUCAACCUCAACGAGGCCUUCGACCAGCUGCGAAGGAAGGUGCCCACUUUUGCUUACGAGAAGAGGCUGUCCCGGAUCGAGACCCUACGCCUGGCCAUCGUCUACAUUUCCUUCAUGACCGAGCUCUUGGAGAGCUUCGAAAAGAAGGAAACCGGCUGAGUCCGGGUGGGAUGGAGGUGUCUGUCCCCUCCUCUCGUGGGCGUGCGCGGGCUUGGGGGUGCAUCAGGACCCAGGAGGGUGCGGCCGAGAGAC